UUAUGUUGGGCCAGGGCUGUAGGUGGGCCACAGCCAGCUGCUCACAGUGUGUAUCUUGGAAGGGCUCCCGUGGAGAGAGCAGGGCUUUGCAAGGCAAGCUUGGGGACUUCUGCAGUCCAGACUGGGCCAGGCUUCUGUGGCCAAGAACAGCUGCUCAUAAUCUGAGUGUCUGGAAACCUGUCAGGGAGAUGAGGGGAUUGCCCAGCUCCCACCAUCUGCCUCGAUGGGGCCCCCUUCUCUGCCUGCUGGCCACCUUCAUCCUGGACACAGAGGCCUUGGUCUUGAGUCAAUGCGAGCUGGCCCAUGCGCUGCAGGAAGGAGGCUUGGAUGGUUACCAUGACCACAGCCUGGCCCACUGGCUGUGUCUGGCUCACCAUGGGAGCGGGCUCAACACCGAGGCUGUGUUCAGGCUGCCCGAUGGGAGCUUGGGCUACGGCAUCUUCCAGAUCCGGGGCCACAAGUGGUGCAGUCCCGGGGAAGGCCUGUCUGAGAACCGAUGCCGCAUGGACUGCCAAGAUCUGCUGGACACGGAUCUCAGCAAUGACAUCGCUUGUGCCAAGAUCAUGAUGGACAAUCCAAGUGACACAGAUGCUUGGGACCCGUGGAGUCACCACUGCGAGGGUCACGACCUAGCCGACUGGGAUGUGGAGUGUGACCACUAAGGGCAUCAGCCUCAUCCCCUCACAUCUUUCCUGCCACUGCCGCUCUCCAUCUUUGCUCACCGCCACCCUCCUUCCUCAUCUCUGGCUGCUGCUACCCUCUAUGCCAGUGUCUGCUGCCUCACUCCCUCCAUAUUUCUGCCCACCAUCACCCCCUGUGUCUCUGCCCACCUCUGGCUGUUAAGCCGAAAGGCUGGUCAUGGGCAGCCACCCCCAGGGCUGGGAUGGGCCACAGGCAGUAAAGAGAACCCUUUA